AUGCACGAGUCUGGGUCAGAACCAACUAGCCACGCCAUUCCAGCUGUUAGAACACAGAACGGAAAAAAUGCUGAAAAUGACAGUCGACUGAGGAGCGGCCAUACUCCACCCCCAGAGUCACCAAGGAUUCCGGCGUCGUCAUCCAUGAUGACCCCACCAGCCGAGGCGCCGCAGCAGCUGCAGCAGGUAGCGCAGCAGCAGGUCCUCAGCCCUCAGCAGAUCCAAGCCUUGUUCCAGCAGCAGAAGGCCCUCAUGCUGCACCAGCAACAAAUUCAAGAAGUCUUCAAAAAUCAGCAAGAGCAGCUUAAUAUGCAGCUGCUCCAACAGAAGAAUGCGGGGAUAGUUAGCCAGGAGCUUACAGCGCAGCAGAUUGCCAUCCAACAGCAGCUUCUUCAAGUGCAGCAGCAGCAUCUACUCAACCUGCAGAGGCAAGGCCUGCUCUCUGUGCUCCCAACUAGCGCUGCCGGCUCCGAAAAUGGCAGCGGCACGUCAGCCGUGGGUGGGGACUCCAGAGAGUCAACCAAUCAUCAAUCUGCGACCAACGGCCAUCCCGCACUAUUGAAGAGGAAGGAAAGUUCGCUGGAUGAAAACUCAUCAAGUAGUCACCCUCUCUACGGGAACGGCAUGUGCAAAUGGCCCGGCUGUGAGACUGUCUUUGGAGACUUUCAGGCAUUUCUCAAACAUUUGAACAGCGAGCACACACUUGACGACAAGAGCACCGCCCAGUGUCGCGUGCAGAUGCAAGUGGUUCAGCAGCUGGAACUACAGUUAAAGAAAGACAAGGAGCGACUUCAAGCAAUGAUGGCUCAUCUGAAGUCAUCUGAACCCAAAGCUGCAGCUCAGCCCGCGAACCUUGUGCCUAACAUCUCCUUCUCCCAGGCAACGCCACCCAAAGGUCCUCAUUUAAGUUUGUCCCAGAGCGCCACGACGCCAUCUACACCCUUGACGCCGCUGUCCGAAUCCCCCUCGGUCCUCACUCCCAACGGCGGCUUCAGCGGAACCCCUGUUCGCAGGCGGUACAGCCGCUCAGUCAGUCAAGAUAUUGUUGACAACAAGGAGUUCUACCUGAGCACGGAAAUUAGGCCUCCAUUUACAUAUGCAUCUCUCAUACGACAGGCAAUAUACGAAUCACCGCGCAAUCAGCUGACUUUAAACGAAAUCUACAACUGGUUCACAAGAAACUUUGCCUAUUUCCGACGCAAUGCAGCCACAUGGAAGAAUGCUGUGAGACACAACCUGAGCCUCCAUAAGUGCUUUGUUCGCCUGGAGAAUGUGAAGGGUGCCGUGUGGACGGUGGACGAGAUCGAGUUCCACAGAAGAAGGCCCCAGAAGGCCACCGGUAAUGGAUCUGUUUUGAAAAACAGAAGUUUAGCCGGGUCUGCUUCCCAGCUUGGAAAUCUAGACUCAAAUUCCUUCUACAACCCAGGUGCGAUGGGCAACAUCCCAUUGCAUUCCCUGCCCCAUAUUCUUCAAGAGCAGAUGAAUGGAGCCCUCGCCAAUGGGUCCGGGUACCAAAGCGACAGCAGUGCGACGCAAUCGCCUCCGCAAGCUUUCAUCAAAGAGGAGCAGGAGGACGAGGAAAUCAGUGAAAAUUACCCUUACGAAUCUCCCGAGAGCACAGACGAGCACGGGCACAGCCCCGAGACGAACCGUGACGAAGAACACGGCAGCCCCGAACGACUGCGUUUGGACCGCGUGCCCUCGCUCUGA